AUGCAAGAGCGGCACACGGGAGAAAAUAUCAUGCAGCGAAUGCAAGAAGUCAUCGCGGUGUGGAAGCUGGAUGACAAGGUGACGGCUGUUGUCACUGAUCACGGCAUUAAAGCAGUCAAUGCACUGCGAGGCAUUUUAGAGCCGAAUGACGUGACCUGCUCUGCCCACAGUCUCCACAUGAGCAUCAAGAAGGCACUGUCCGACAAGGAAAUCGAUGGCCUCUGCCAGAAAAGCGGAAAACUGGUCGCCCACUUCAGACAUUCGACCAUCGCCAGCGACCAGUUGACUAGGCGACAGGAGCUGCUCGGCUUACCAACAGAGCGCCUGACGCAAAGCUGCCCGACAAGAUGGAGCUCUACUUACCAAAUGCUCGCAAAGCUCAUCAGGCACCGGCCUGCCAUUCAAAAUGUUCUUGCUGACCGAGCAAUUGUCACGGCAAAUUCAGUGCAGAAUCUUGAGAUCAGUCAGCAAGAAUGGAAUGUCAUCAGUGAACUUUGUGAGGUGCUUCAGCCUCUUCAGCUUGCAACUAACAUUGUCUGCAGCGACAGAGUGUCCCCUGUCUCCAUGGUUCGGCCAGUGAUGAAAGCUUUAAUAAAAAAACUAGAGCCUCAGACCUCUGGCGACCAUCUAGUCGAGAAUUUCAAAGAAAUAAUUCGGCUGGAGAUAUCUCGCCGAUUCUCCUUGGACUGGGACGCCCAACCGACAUCGGUGUCUGCACGCCAGAGUGCAUCUUUUCUCGAUCCAAGGUACAAAAGCCUCCAGUAUGAGGUAUCAGGCGCCCCUCACUGCAACACGCUACCCUUGCGACCUAGCAAGUUCACAACAGUGGUGGGAUACCAAGACCUGUGUCUCGCAACUGUGCAUCAGAGGUACGACAGCUAA